AUGUCGUACGUCUAUAGAGAGCGUGAGCGCGACCGCGAUUAUGAUGAUCGCAACGUCACUAUCAAGCGUUACGUCAUUCCAUCCGAUGAAAGAGAUGACCGACGAGAAUUCAUGAUGAGUCGGGACGAUUCCUACGGAGACCAUGAGCUGGUCAUUCGGCGCAAAACAGAACGCGAGGAACCUGUGUCGAUUCAGCGCUACGAAAGAGAUGUCGAGUAUGAGCCACCUGUUCGUCGCUAUGAGCGAGAGUAUUAUGAACCCCGCUACGUCAGCCCCCGCCAGUCUGAGUACGACGUAGACGAAGAGUACUACCGCCGCCGUGUGGAUGACCGCCAUUCCCGCCGAGAUCUCAGUCCGGGCGAUUCGGUCUCGCAGGUCAGCCGUCGCCGUGGUCGGACCGACUAUAGCAGCGAUGAUGAUUACUACUAUCACGAAGAGACCCGCACUUACGAUGGCGACCACCCCCAUCAUCGUCGCCACCUGGCAGAAGGCGCCUUGGUCGGUGCUGGUGCAGCAGAGCUGUUUCGCAGCCACCGCAAGCGUGAAGGCGAGGAAGUCAGCCAUGGUAUGGGCCACGCUGUAAAGACAGCUGGUGCUGGUGCAUUGGGUGCAGUGGCUGUCAAUGCAGCCUCGCAUGUCCGUGAUUACUACCGCAGCAAGAGCCGUAGUCGACACCGCGCUCGCUCAUUCGACGAUGAUCGUUCUUCUCACCGUCACAGCCACCACAGCCAUGGACGUCGCAGUCGUAGCCGCAGUCGCUCUCACUCCCACUCCCGCGCAAAGACCUUGAUGGAGGUUGGCUUAGGUGCUGCGGCAAUUGCCGCCGGUGUCGCGGCUUUGCGAAACAAAAAGAGCACAGAUGAGCGUCGCAGCCGCUCUCGUACCCGUUCCCGUUCUCGAGCCCGCAGCAGCCUUCGCGCAGACAAGGACGACGCGAGCAGCGCGUCUCAGCGCAACAAGCACAUCGCAGGCGCUGGCUUGGCUGGUGCGGCUGUUGCAGGACUCGUGGAGCAUCACCGAAGCAAAUCUCGUUCUCGCAAAGGCGAGCGCUCCCACAGCCGACUAAGACAGGCGCUUCCUGUGGUUGCCGCCGGCCUGGGAACCGCAGCUGCUACUGGCCUCUGGGAGAAGAAGAAGGCCGAGAAGGAAGGUAAUGGGUCAAGAAGUCGUGGGACAAGUCGAUCAGGCAGAUCUCUCAGCCGUGGGGCCCCUGACAGCGCUUACCCUGACCCAACGCGCGACUCUGCAGGCUUGAUCGAGUACGGGAAAGACCCUGUCACUGGCAGCAUUCCUGCUGAGCACUACUACGGUGCUCCAACCGGUGCAGAUGCUCCUUACUACUCGGAUGGUGGAGAAUACAGCCGUCGCCGGAGCCGCAGCCGCAGCCGCAGCCGCAGCCGUGGUGGCCGGCGCAAUGACAGCUCCUCCGGCUCAGAUCGGGGAUCCCGUCGUCGACACAGAAAACACCGCAGUCGUUCGCGAGACAUAGCUGGAGCCGCACUUGGUGCUACCGGCUUGGGUUAUGCCGCACACAGAUACUCCCAAUCUCGGGAGCGGAAGAAGGCUGAACGGGAACAAGAUAGGGCUCGGUAUGAUAACGUUAUUCACCACGAUCCCUACGAGGAGUCUUAUGAUCCAGAGCCUUACCCUGCUUCACCUCGUCCCGGCCCCAACUACCAGGAGCCUCCAGCCAACUACUACCCCAACACCAAUAGCUUUCCCCCGCCUCCAGGAUCCACGACAAACUUGAAUCAGACGCCUCCACCUAAUGCAUACAAUCCGGCGGACUACCCACCUCCCCCCGGUGCAGCACCGCAGCCUCAGCCAUACAACUACGGAGCACCAGGUCCAGGAACCGAGCAGUAUGCCCCACGGCCAAGGAGGGUUGAUGAGAAUGUGAGUGCCCAGCAGCGCUCCACCCUACCCACUGAUCACCACACGUACGAUGGUCUAGCCAAUGAGUCCCAAAUAGGCAAAGCGAAUUCUUUACCGCGACCUCGCAGCCAAAGUGAAUCGCCUGCAUCUAAAUCCGUCUCAUUCAAUCUGGAUUCAGAUAAUGGGCAACUCACUGAUCCCGGCUAUGAAACGGAGGACAGUGACUCCACCAUUGAAGAUGGACGUAAUCAUCAACGCCACCGUCCCCGACGCUCCUCUUCUGUGCCUCAUCCCCCUAUGUCCCAUGCCCGUUCCCCUAGUCACUACCCCGGUCAUGCGAACUCCCAGCGCCAUUCUUCAGCCAGUUUAAAACCAUACAAAACCCAAGAGCAAGACUCCGACUCGACGAUUGAACUCCCUGAGCGAUUCGAUAGAAAAGGUCGUCUGCUCAAGGAAAAAGAAGAUGAUCCUACUGUCGCAAAGAUCGAGGACUUUAUCAAUCGGUUCACAAAGGUCCUAUUCUAG